AAUAAUCUGAUCUUUUGUUUUUCUGUUUCUUUGGCACAAUCCAUCUCUCUUAAAACCCUAGGUUCUGUUCCUGAAACCCAGACAUCAUAAGGAAAAGAACAGACGAAAGUAGGAAGGCAGAAGGUGAACUGAAGACGGACGUUGAAUGCUUCCCGACCGGGUUAAUCCUCUUCCCACAACCUCGGCUAGGGUUUCAUCAUUCGAGGGUUUGGUUCUGCAGCAGACGAUUGAUUAUCAGAUUGUUGAACUCUUUGCACGUUUCAGUUCAUGUUUUUUAUUGAUCGCACUGGCUGCUCAACAAGGCCUCCUUUUCAGAUACAAUUUUUAGUCAUCAACGAGUUUUAUAUGCACCCGUCUUCCUUAGUUGAUCAUUGUAAUCAAAGUUCUAUCUUUCUCAGUUCAAUACUCCAUCUAACUUCCCUAAAUGUGUGAUUCUAAGAUGCUUUUAUUUGGUUCCUUUAGUGAGGAUGAAACCAAAUCUUUGUUGACGCAGUCGCCUGGAAGUUCUAAAACAAAGUUUUCUGAUAAGGAAGUGUCACAUGACGAUUCAUCAAAACUUGCCUCUGAAUCAUCUUUUGGGAGUUUCAGCUACAUACCCAUAACACAACCUGAUUCCUCAGAAAGACUAGAUUCUUGCGUCACUCACUUGGGAGAGAGAGGCAGUGAUGUUAAGGCAGAAAUGGAUACUGUUUCAGGUGUUGUUCAAAAUAAUGGAGAAAUUCCCAUCACUAAUGGGGAUGAAGAAUCUCAGGUUGUUGAGAUGAUUGACACCAGUUUGUGUAUUUCUGAAAACAAAAAUAAAGCCAGUACUCAGGUCCAUGAAGCAAAAAAUAGUGACAUGACCUUAAAUGGAGAAAAUUCAAAUGGGAUAAUUACUGAUUCGGCAACAACAUCAAAUCCUAUGGAUUUUGAUGCCGCCCUGUAUAUUGGUGACUUGCUACCUCGAGGCUUGAUCAACUCAGGGAAUUUAUGUUUCCUUAAUGCUACAUUGCAAGCUCUUUUAUCCUGCACUCCAUUUGUAGAGAAUAUGCAAAGGCUAAGGGCUCAUAGUAUUUCCAAGGUUGAUUACCCAACAAUAGCUGCAUUUUCUGGAUUUAUUGCCAACUUUGCAAUUCCAAGCUCAUCGAUUGCUAUAAAGAAAGAUGUGUCUAGCAUUGAAAUUGGCAAGCCAUUUUGUCCCACAAUGUUUGAAAUGGUUCUGAGGAAUUUUACCCCUGAUGUGCCAGCUACUUUCUCAGGAAGGCCAAGGCAAGAAGAUGCCCAAGAGUUCCUAUGCUUUAUCAUGCAUCAAAUGCAUGAUGAGCUACUCAAGCUUGAAGGGAAAUCACUUUUAAGUGGAGGAAAGUCAUCUCUUGUUUCUUCAGAAGAAGAUGACGAGUGGGAAACUGUUGGCCCGAAGAACAAAUCUGCUGUAACAAGAAUGCAAGCGUUUGUUCCUUCACAAUUAAGUGCUGUUUUUGGGGGAGAAUUGCGGAGUGUUGUGAAGGCUAUGGGGAAUAAAGACUCUGCUACCGUUCAGCCAUUCCUUCUACUCCACCUUGAUAUUUUUCACCACACUGUACAUACCAUUCAAGAUGCUCUUCGUCUGUUUUCAGCCCCUGAGACGCUUGAUGAGUACCGAACAUCCCGAACGGGGAAGGCUGGAAUGGGAACUGCCAAAAAAUCUGUUGCCAUUAAAACACUUCCCAAGAUCAUGGUUUUACACUUGAAGCGGUUUGUUUAUGGCAGUCAUGGAAGCACCAAAUUGCACAAACCAGUUCAGUUUCCUCUUGAAAUGGUGAUAAACCGUGAUUUACUUGCUGCUUCAAUUCAAGAGAGUCGGAAAUAUGAGCUGGUUGCGACAAUAACCCACCACGGGAGGGAAUCAUCAAGGGGACACUAUACUGCCGACAGCCGCUACCCUGGUGGGAAAUGGUUACGGUUUGAUGAUGCAUCAGUUACAACUAUUGGCAUCAGCAGGGUGCUACAUGACCAGGCUUACAUCCUUUUCUACAGACGAAUCUAAACCCGAUCGACAAUCAUGAUUAUAUACAGAGGCAGGAGACAUGAUAGGGGAAGAAAACGACCACAUGGGUAAGCUAAUGAGCGAUGAGUUCAUCUUAAUUACAAGUAGAUUGCAGUUUUUAUUGUAUCUCCAAGGCGUUUGUUUUACCAGUGACACUGUUAGCAACGAGAUUUAACAUGUACUACUCACGAUAUGCAAUUUUGCUGCUAUUUAUAUAGAGUUGUUCCCAUCAUUGUGAUUUGCAGUGAAAAACUGAGGGUGUCGUUUUUGUUUGAUAAUGAACUUUCAGUGUUUCG